GUUAAAAAAAAUAAAUAGAAGUGAGCGGAGCACGAUUAUUUGAGGUUAAGUUUAUGGUGAAAAUUCUCAAAAAAUAUUCGAAAAUGGAAGUAGAAAACGCCGAUUUACCGCAGCACAUCGCGAUAAACUCCUUCGCGACGGCCAGAGCGCGGGAAAUUCAAGUGAUGAACAAAGCCCUCGCUACCUCUACUACAGUGAAAUUAGCGUUUCAGAAGCUCCCGAUGCACAUGCGAAGGCGAGCGAUGUCGCACAACGUAAAAAGGCUGCCCAGGCGAGUCCGCGAGAUCCAUUUAAACCAACAAAUGAAGUCCGGAAUACCCCCAAAGCACAAACGUCCAUCUAGAAAGUACAGACGUAGACCGUACAAUCUCAUUAAUGAAUAUACUAGAAGACAACGGAGAGUUGGUUGGUUGAACACCCACAUUUGGCACGCAAAAAGGUUUCACAUGACCGAGAAAUGGGGCUACAGAAUUCCGUAUUCCCCUUGCGAUAAAGCUUUUCGAGCUUGUUACAGAGCGACCAAACAACAUUGUUUGGUACAAGACAUUUCUUACAAUAACUGCUUGGAAAUCGAGGGCGAUUUCGAUUACAUUGUAGAGAACUUGAACCGAAUGACUGAUCCUCGAACCGGUUUAUCGAUAUCCGCUAAAUGUUACACGGGAGGUUUACGAGAAGGGAACGCAAUCCUUUUUAGACCCGAUAAUAGAAAGGUUAUCGGUAGCGUUUCGUUUUACUGGAGACCUAAGAGUAACGAUAGCAACACGAGAAAUAUAUGUUUUUGGUGCCAUCCAGCUUUCUAUGACGAACUGCUAAAUAUAUUCAUAAAGUGUUGUGAAUUACAACCUUGCACGAGUGCUAACGACACCGGAGAUGUAGAUAAAUAUGCUAAUAGUCAAAUUACAUUGAAGAUUUUGAAAUGGGAACUCUGCAGAUUCAGAUUAACGGGGCCUCUUUCCAACGCUAUUCUUCACGACGCCUUUAAAUUACCCGAUAACUCACCCAUGCAACCCGAGUGGCUGCGGACGCAUUUGAACAAUCCCUUAUCUGCAACAUCGCGGGAGUUCUGGGAGAGCACCGAAUGCAUUUCUUCGCCUUCGGAAGUCACCCCUCACAUUAUCUUACCUCUAAUAAUCGCCGAUCCUCGGUACUAUUUUACGAAAAAACGAGGCAAAGUUCUGCCAGUUCUAACCGAGGACACCAUGAAUUCAUCGAUGAGCACAAACUUUUCGGAGAGCCCCAUUUGGGAGGAAACUGUUCGACAAGCAGUACGAGAGAGUAAAAUAUCCAAUGCCAAAUUAGACGAACUAAGGCAACAACUACUCGUGCCCGGUACCAUUUUGGAUAUGGUACCAGCGAAUAUACCCGUUUUGUUAAUUCAAGUACCCGGCAAGAAGACUCGAGAAUAUACAGGUUACGGAAGCGGCUGGGAUAUAGUUUUCCCAUCGGCUUGGGCUCAGCCGAUUUGGCUGUCUCUCGUGAUGCGCGGAGGAAGAUCGGGGGGUUUGAGACAACACGAGCACUUGCUGUUCGAGUUGGAUUCCCAUCGGUUCUUGUACCCGGACAGUUCGAGUGGAGAGCAGGAAGAACGCGACGCUUCACUAAAAUUAAAAGAGCGCUACUUCAAAUUACCGCCGAACAAGCGCACAAACUUCGCUAAAUUCAAGAUAUCCAGCCCGUUCGAUUGGAAUUGGAAGUUGCUGCUAAGCGAAUGGUCCGUUACCAAAAAUCCAAUCGAAGAUUUCUUCGUAUUGCGCGACAAAACUGCCCUGAGGGAUCUGCAAGUAAUGUUGUCGAGAAGGGAUCGAAACGAUCGAUUGCUGGAAUCUCUCGAAGACAACUGUUUGAUACCCGUUAAAGUGACUUUGAUGAAGAAGGGCUGUUGUCAAAGAUUUUCCAUAAUAUGUGUGCCGCGUAGGGAAGAUUUCAAAGCGGAGCCCUGCGAGCCGAACUGCAACGAUCCGAACGAAUCGGCCAGGAAGUUGAUGCGGAAAGAACACAAAGUGUUGCUGGCGAGAUUGAAGCGAAAGAGGAAGAAAGGGCGACGAAAAGGAGAAGUUAUUCCGAUAGAUAAAGAAGCGUUGAAGAGCUACACGAGCGCAAUGAGGAAAUUGUGGUUGCCGGAGGCUAGUCGUAUAAGGAGUUCUUGCUCAAGAGAGGUAAUGGGAUUCGUUAAAUACGGCGAUUUCAGUCUACUGGAAGCAAAGAGCAAAGCUCUAGGGUAUAUCACUGCAAACUCUUUAUCGGUGCUAUUAAAUACGGGUAAAAAUAAAGUAUUAGUGAGAAACACCAAUUCUAAACAAUACAGGCUGGGCACCUUGGAAAUUUUAAACGAGUAACAGUGCCCCAUUUUCUAGUUCGUUAAGUGUAAAUAGGAUUUGUUAAAUGAAAGUUUCUCAAUGAUAAUUACAGUUUUAUUUUCACGGUAAUAGAAUUAUUUAAACUAUAAUUAAAUUUAGAACGGAAAUGAAAUCUAGAGGAAACGUUCAAAGGAGGAAUGUUUACAGGCGGGGGUCGUAUAGUGUUCUUAAAUUAACUUAAAUUAACAGCUACACACUUAUUAUUUUGAUUUGCUCAGCUACAAAACGCAGGAUUCCAGUUAUAAUUAAAUAAAGGUUUCGGGCUACUAGGAGAGACUCUCAUUAAGUUAAUUUCAGAACAAUCUAACGGAAU